UUAGCUGUUCGUGCAGAGAAAGGGAGAGAGGAGAGAGAGGAAAGCGACACACAGAGAGAGAGCAGCAAGUAAAGCCAUGCUUGCUUGGCCGGCUCUGCCUAAAUCUACGUGUGCAGCCAUUUGGGUGAUUAUUUAACGGGGGACGGACGUUGCAAAAGAGAAGAAAGGAAACAAAAACGGGACCACAAAAAACCAGAGACAACAGACAUCCAGUGACGGGCCCGAGCUACUUGACGGCUGCCAGUGACUCAACAAGUCCCGCGGAAUAAGCUCGAGAAAAGUUGCAAGCGAGCAUCAACAGCGCAUGGGUGUCGGCUCGGGAGAACUGUACGAGUUUGCAUGCCAUGGCGGAUCACAAGCUGACGGUGAGCGUAAACAAGGCCAUCAACAGCCAGGAGGUUCCUGUCAAGGAAAAGCAUGCUCGCAUGUGCAUCCUGGGCACGUACCAGGAGAAAGGUGCCCACACCUUCUGGUCCGUGGUCAAUCGGCUGCCACUGUCCAGCAAUGCCGUGCUGAGCUGGAAGUUCUGUCACGUGUUUCACAAGCUGCUUCGCGAUGGCCACCACAACGUUUUGAAGGAUUCCUUGCGUUACAAGAGUGAGCUGAACGACAUGGGAAGAAUGUGGGGACAUUUGAAUGAAGGAUAUGGUCGGAUGGUGAGCAUGUACGUGAAGCUGCUCAUUACCAAGAUGGAUUUCCAUAUUAAGAACCCAGCCUUCCCCGGGAACCUCAUGAUGACGGACGCUCAGCUGGAGGCAACGGGGGAGAACGACGUUAAUAACUUUUUCCAGCUGACAGUGGAAAUGUUUGAUUACUUGGAAUGUGAACUCAUCCUCUUCAAUGCUGUGUUCAGCUCAAUGGACAUGUCACGGCCUGUGUCCAUGACCACGGCGGGACAGUGCCGGCUGGCACCGCUCAUCCCCGUCGUUCUGGACUGCAGCCACCUGUACGACUACAUCGUCAAGUUGCUUUUCAAGCUGCAUUCAUGUCUUCCUGCUGAUACACUGCAAGGUCACAGGGACCGAUUUCUGGAGCAGUUUAAGAAGUUGAAGGAAUACUUGCAUCGCUCCAGCAACCUGCAGUACUUCAAGAGGCUCAUUCAAAUCCCUCAGUUGCCAGAGAUCCCCCCCAAUUUCCUGCGUGCGUCGGCGCUGUCCGAGCACGUGAGCCCAGUGGUGGUGAUCCCCGAGGAGUCGGCGUCUCCGGACAGCGAGGCCGUGCUGGAGACGGACGAUCUGGUGGACACGGACUCCACCUCAACACAGAGCCAAUUCGACGAUCGUUUUGAUGACUUGUUUGGAAGUUCCACAGUCAGCACACCUUUCAACUUCAACAGCCAGAAUGGUGUCUCCCGGGACGAGCGGGACAAGCUUAUCGAGCAGCUUUACAGGGAGAUCAACGCCUUGAAAGAGGAGCUGGACACCCAACGGCUGGAGACGGAGCGUGUGGCGUCGGCCCUGCGUAGCCGACUUGGGGAGCUGGAGGCCGAGCUGGCGGAGGCACGGCACCUGCGCGGCCAGGCGUGGGACGAGACGGAGUUUCUGCGCACUGAGCUCGAGGACGUCAAACGGCGAUCCGAGGACACGGAGAAAACCCAGAAGAGUCUCACUGAGAUAGAGAAACGGGCGCAAGCGAAUGAACAGCGCUACAACAAGCUGAAGGAGAAGUACACGGGACUGGUGCAGAACCACGCCGACUUAUUGCGCAAGAAUGCGGAGGUGGCUCGCCAGCUUACAACCGUGCGGCAGGCCAAGGAGGAGGCGGAGACUGCUCGGCAGCAGCUGCAGUCCUCCAUGCAGAGCAUCAUGCACCGAGCAGAGGAGCAGGUUCGGAGUCAGAGCGAGGGCGUGGAACAGCUGCAGCAGGAGCUAGAGACGGGCAGGCAGGCGGUGGCCUCCCUGAAAGAGACGCUGCGCUCAUCACAGGAGGCUAGCUCGGAACUGAGUGCCAGGCUGACGGCACUGGAAGCUGAGCGGGCAGAUGUGGAACGCGUGUCAGGCGAGCGGGCGAGCGAGGUGCAGACCCUGCAGUCACGCCUGGACGAGACGCUGAGCACAUCCAAGGCAGAGGCGGAACGCUCCGAGCAGGAACUGAGUGCACUGCAAAGCCAACUCUCCCACAAGGUUGAGCAGGAGAGCAUGCUGAAGGCCCAGUUGCUGGCUGACCAGAAGGCCCUGCUUGACUGUGCUAUGGCGGAGGCAGAGCACAUGGUGCAGAGUGCUUUGGAGCAGCUGGAUGACCCUGCACAUAUGGGCUGCACAGCCUCACCUGAUUACUUGAUCUCGCGAGCGCAGUGUGGUGUGGACAGCACGGAUCGGCUCAAGGAAGGGCAUUCACAGUUCUUGGCCGACAGCCAUGACGCAAGCGGGCUACUGGGCAGCGUGGCAGCGUUUGCGCACGUGGUGAGCGACGUUAUAGUGCAAGGCACCGCCACUUCCCACGCGUCCCCCAUUGACCAAGCCGACAAACUGUCGGACUUGUGUCGCCACUGUGGAACACAAGCGCUGACAUUCCUCGGCUCCCUGAAGGACUCUGCAUCUCCCAAGGAGGCCAGUCCAACCCACACAAGAGAAGCCCUGCUUGCUAUUCUCGCCAUUGCACAGGAGCUGCGUCCACGAGGCUUGGACGUGAAGCCAGGGGAGCUGGGAGACCUCGUGGAGCAGGAGAUGGCUGCGACGGCGGCUGCCAUCGAGGACGCCGCCGCACGGAUAGAGGAUAUGUUGAGCAAGGCACGGGCGGAGGAGAGGGGAGUAAAGUUGGAAGUGAAUGAAAGUCCGAGUGUGGACAGGCUUAGUCUCCUUCUUAACAACGUGAACCCUGGCAGUGAGGUGACGGAGAUUCUCGCCUCCUGUACAGAUCUGAUGAAGACCAUAAGAGCUUUGAUUCUGGCCUCUAAAGAUCUUCAGAAGGAGAUAGUGGAUGAAGACAGGGGGGCGACCUCGCAGAAGGAAUUUUACGCCAAGAAUUCUCGCUGGACGGAGGGACUGAUCUCAGCUUCCAAGGCUGUGGGAUGGGCUGCCACUAUGCUAGUGGAUGCAGCAGACCAGGUUUUAAAAGGUAACGGCAAGUUCGAGGAGCUGAUGGUGUGCUCGCGCGAGAUAGCAGCAAGCACGGCACAGCUGGUGGCCGCCUCCAAGGUUAAGGCGAACAAGGGCAGCACUAACCUGCAGCGCCUGCAGCAAGCGUCGCGCACCGUCAAUGAGGCCACCGCCAGCGUGGUGGCCUCCACCAAGUCUGGAAAGGCGCAGAUUGAGGAGAAAGAAACAAUGGACUUCUCCAGCAUGACUCUGACUCAAGUGAAGAGACAAGAGAUGGACUCCCAGGUACGGGUGCUGGAACUGGAGAGCCUGCUGCAGAAGGAGCGCGAGCACCUGGGGGGCCUGCGCAAGAAGCACUACGAGCUGGCGGGGGUGUCGGAAGGCUGGGACGAGGAAGAUCAAAAAUGAACAUCCUUGGGAUCAACUGUCAAAGUCUUCGGAAAAUAUGAAACGGGAAAAAAAUCAGCACAAAAUAUUCUUCACCCUUUUAUACAUUUUACAUUAAACAAAAUAAUCAAAAAGAAAAAAACACUUUUUCAGUAUUUCUAUAUGGAGUAUUUUAACUGUGUCAGGUUGAUGAUCUUAAUGUUCCGGUUGUAUCAGCUAAUGCCGUGGACUGUACAGUUUUGCCAUGGGGGCGGGGCAGCCAGGUAAAUGUACUGCACCAUACGUUUUACAUGUUUGAGUAGUUCUACUGUUAACAGAGGAUUGUUUUUUUUGUUUAAAUGUGCACGCAUUCAUUGAGUAACAAAUACCUGUUAUCAUUGAGGAAUAUUUUUCAGCAUACAUUGAUGCAUUUCGCCAAUGUAUUUGCCACCCCCCAUCACCUUUGUGAGGAUUAAAAAAAAAACUCAUUGAAGGUUAUUGACUCCUAAAUUGGAGUCAUGAACAACCACUGAAUUUAAAAUAAUAGACUCAAUUUUUUCUGUAUAAAAAAAAAAUCAACAAUUAAAAUUUUAAUUAACUUUAUGAUUGAGCAGCUCAUUGCUGUGCAUUAUCAAUUGCUCUGAAAAAGGCAACUGCUUGAGAUGUGAGUCCACUAUGUAUAUUACAUGUUUUUCAAAGGCAGAGUUAAUAAUCACAUUGCGAGGUGUUACAGGAUGUUAAAAAAAAAUGAUAACCUGCAUACUCUAUAAGAAAAGGUAUCGGGGUAUUUUGAAGUACACCUAAGCUGCAAGUACAUUUCAAAAUUGUCAAUUGUCUAUGGCGUGCGCACACUGGCUUUUGUGAAUUAUGUCGCAGAAAUGUUAAUGCCUUUUGCACCAGUGUGCUUUGCGAAUAGUAGAUGGGAAACUGAGAAUCAUACAAUUGAUCCAGUGCAAUUGCAUUGGCAGGGAUUGUUUUUCGCCUGACUACUCACUCAACCAAAUGUUUUCAAAAUUAUUUCUAUUUUGGAUCAUUGAUAAAGUUUGCGUAAAACUUCGAGGUGUUGUAUCACAAUUAUUCACUUAAGUAUAUGAAUCAGAUAUAUUGCCUUUGUAGCGGAACAAACAAUUGUCAAAUACAUUGCCGUUUAACUAAUGGGAUUUUAUGAUAAUCGCUAGCAGACCAUAAGAAUGUAAAAGCAAUAUGGACCACCAGAGAAAUUAACACCUUUGACAGGAAAAUACAAAACAUUAUUUAAGUACGUGUAAACGGGCAGUUCAAGUAUUCAAAGAGCCCACAAAUGAACAUUCGACGUCUUUGCUAAUUGGAUUACCGAAUAUAUUUCGAAAAAAAAAUCUAAUGUCAUUUUAAGCACAAAAAACAGUUGUGUAAGUGGUCAUACUUACGGCAAAAUUCAUGUCAAAUUUGUGUCAAGUUGAAAGCGAGAGUGGCAAGGAUAAUAGAAAAUGUGACAACACAUAAUGCAACAGUGCUGUGCAUAAACAGUCAGGUAAGAUCACUUGCUUGAUUUAUUGUUUUUUAUGAUAUACUGUAACUAUUAAUCUUUGCAUUAUUUAAAGUCGUAUUUAAAAAAUAAAUUGGUAGCAUUACAGGGGUCAUAUUUCAUUGACUAACUUCUCACACUGGGGCUGAGAGAUAUAUAUCUACACAUGUUGAAAUGUUAGAGCAAUUAUCAGGCAUGGAUGCGAGUUCUGUAUGGAUCUAAUCAACUGUCCCAUCUUGGUCACUCCCGUGCAGUCCACGUCUUAAGCACUUGGAAAUGGGAACACCGAGAUGCUGAGAACAGCGAGGCAUUUUCCAAAACACAAAGGAUUUUAAAGUAGUGUUUUGUCUCACACUGUCGAUUUGUGUUUCAUAAAACUGUAUUUAUAUUUUGCAAUGCGACUGCUCCGGUGUCUUGUAACAUCGAUUGAAAUGUUUUAAAUGAAAAAAAAGAAAUAUAAAUUUGUCAUACCUAGACGAUGCAAUAGUCAGCAUAUAUGUAUAUCAAUUAAUGAAACAUUUUUUUAAAGGUUUUGUUUCAUAAUCUGCUUUCCAAUAUAGUUGUGGGUAAAAAUGGCAAAAGGCACAAUAGUUUAUUUUGUCUAACCAGGUGAGAACUCACACGAGACCAGGAUAGUCUCAUUUGCAAAAGUAAACUGGGGCAUUAUUCUGCAAGUCGGGGGGGGGGGCAAUGAUUGUUAUGUAUAAUCUCGAUUGAGUCAUUUACAGAUAAUUUAUGAAUUUGCCAAAUUUACACCCUGACGCCAGCACGCAAUGGGCUACUCGAGCAAAUGACGUCAGGGUACCUCUUAACGUCCACUGUGAAGUGCACCGCACCUAUUAUUACACAACCGUAGUAAUCAGGGCGGCCGCUGGAUUAGAACCGUGAACCUCUGCAACAAGCGGCAAACGUGCUCCCGGCUAGGCCAUACCACUGCCUAAGACAAGUGAUACUGAUAUAGAUGGAAGCUUGACAUCUUCAUUAUUAAAUGAGCAAUAGGCUGGCUUGCCAUGUAUGUAUGGAAAUUGGUAAAAUGACAUGCCAAGAAUGUGUAUUGUGCUUCACUGACGACCUAAAAUAAAUCUUAUUGGUAAUCAGUAAUGCACAUCUUAGCUUAUAAACUACUGUCCACUCGAGCGAAUUCUUGAGAACACGAGUAAUAUGUGUAGGCAAAGCGGUGGUACCAAUUUCCACCGUCUGACAAGAUCCAGCUCUUUUUACCCAUUUUAACAAAAUAGGUGUUUGCAUCACAAAGAGCUGAGCGGUUGAUUUUUUUAGCCCUGACGUCAGAGCACAGAGCUGUAAUCUAAGGGUUACAGGUGACACUCCAUUUUCAAGCCGGGCGCAAUCACAGGAGCAGUACUGACAAGUGUUAGAAUUUCAAUGGAAACGGAAAUGUCAAAAAUGCUUGGGAUGGCACUCAGAGUUUGUUGAUAUUUUGGCAUAAAACGUUUUGUAAGUAUGCUGCCACCGAUAGUAAGUGCUGCUGUCAAAGUGUACAGGUGGUUCUGAUUUGGUUGUCAUUGAGAAAGCCAUUUUCCCUUUUAUUUGAAUUAUGGGCUUCCAUGCAGUUCUCCAAUGCCUCAGUAUGUUUGUGCCUGCAGGCUCCCUAUGGUUUGUCACUGAUAAAACUACUCAACCCCUCCGCCACCUUGAUUCUCAUCCUGAUGUUCCCAUAAAAACUAAAAACAGCAAUUUGACCACAUCUGCACAGCCCUAGACAUCUAUAAAGGCCAUGAAUUUCCAAUCUUGCUGCAAUACAAUAACAUUUUAACCACAAUGCAUGCUACACUGUAAAAACAUACCCACACAAAAAAAUUACAUUUUAUGCAUUCAAUGUUUAUAUUUGAGUUCAGUACAGUGGCAUUACCUAUAAAAACAUUAACCACAUUAAUGUGUAGUUGUAGUGCUUUGAUGGAUAUACGUAUAAUUAUACUGUUCCUUGUAGCAUUGAUAAUACAAUCUGGCCCAAACUUUGAUCAAGCCAGAAACAUGAAUAGGAAAACGGGGCGGGCAAACACCGAAACUCCACCUGGCCCAUUUAAUUUACCAAAGCACGUGGAAUAGCCAUUGCAUAAUGUGUCACAUUAGAUCUGCAGGCACAUGGGUGUUAAAGCAAUUAAAGCAAUUACCCCCAACAAACGAAACAAUACCAUUCAAGCAUACAAACACCUUUUGCAUGCUCUAAUUAUAUACCUAAUUUGGCAACUGAUAUUCAUAACUAAAAAUGUGUGUGCCAUAGUGCACACGUUCGGUAGGGAGCUUUUUCAUACAUUGCUGAACAGUGAUGUUUGGUUUUACAUUCAUCAUCCACAGGUUUAUUGACACUCCUAAUUUCAAAAUAGAAGGCGAUGGAGAGCAUACCUUGCAUAAUUAUAGAAGUGACAUUUGCAUUUAUAUUGCGACAUGAUCACUAACAGGAAAGUAGACAUAUCUAAAUGAAGUUAAAGCUUACUGGCCAGUGAUUAAAUGUAUCUGGACUGAUGACAGUAGUCUAUCAAACAUCAACAUUUUUGGCAAAAUAAGUUGCAGAAUAAAUCCGUCCGAUCAGUAUAAUAAAAAAUUAGUUCAUGAGUUGGGUUUCAAAGAACAGUUACAACUAAACCAUGUUAGGUCUACAAGUAGAAUAGAUGCACAUUUGAGCUGUGGAAGGGACAACAAUGAUAGUGCAAUCGUUGUGUUAACUUUCCUAUUGCAACCCUUGGCUUGACAUACUUGUGCUCGAAUAAAUGAUCUUAUUUUGCAUUUGGUGCAGAAUCCAUGAACAACUUUUGUUGUUACGCUGAGCAUUGCCUACCGCUGUUAUUAAAAGCAAUGCACACUGUUUUAACCAUCAUAGACGGUAGCAUGGGAUUGGAAAAUGCAUUCAUGUCGGGUCAUAACUGCGAGUGCACGUUGCUCACAACAGGAUGUGAGCCACUGGAAGAAAGUCGACUUCUCUACCGUUGUUCUUUUCAGCUGCAUGAUAUACAUCAAAGUUGGACAACAUUGUGAAAUGUCUAAAAUAUUAAUACAGCUAAUGAGGAAUACAAUGAUUGUGAACGGCACCAAUAUUGCGGUGCAGGAUUUUACAUUCGUAAUGUAAACCAUCGCAUGUGCUCCAAGGGUGUGAAUUGAAUACGUGAGUGAUGCCAAGGGCACGUGAGAGCCCGAGCUUAUGUCGUAGUCACACUGCAUCGCUUAGUGCAACCGCCACAAUAGUUUACAAGGUGUCCAUGAAGGUAUCAUACAUUAUCAAAGAGUUAUUAUUAUACAGCAGUUUGAGCUGCACGGUUAGAUUCUGUACAAAAUCACAUCUAUGCCAAAAAACGAAACGCUCGAGGAACAUUCACCAAUGUGUAGAGGAAGCAUUUGAAACUGGAGAUGUUCUGGGAACUCUCAAAUCGCGAGACUGCGUGUUGCCAUACCAGAUAUGUAGAGGUUGAGAUUAUUAGAGGGAUGAAACUCCUACAAUAAAAUGCUUGUACUCCCGAGUGUGGCUAUAAUUUUAUUGACAUCCUAUAUUUUAAAAGUAAAAAGAAAACACAUGGAAAAUGCUUGGAAUCUGUAAUAUCAUUUUAGAAAGCUGCUAAUUAAUGGAAAUUAUGUUCAUAAACUACAAAGCACUGCAAACAUAUGCCAGUGAAUGGACAAAAUAUAUAUGUACAUUUAGGCUCUUAUAGUAUUUUUGGUGAAUGUUGAUUUUGUUCGUCCUAUGUUAUUGCAAGCCUGAAAAUAACAAGCAUUAAUUCCUGCAUCGUCCUACGUCAUGCAUAGUAUUUCUACUCUAUACAGUACUGACAUUUUUAUGUGAAGGUUGUUUGACUUUUUGACAUUCGUUUUAACCAGCGGUAUCUCAUGUCGAUAGUCAUGCAUUGUAAAUCUGUUUUACCUUGUAAUACUACGGAAAAUAAAUUAAGGAAAAACUCUG